AUGGACGAAAGAAGAAAUAUUGCAGAUUUUGAACUGGCGUUACAGCAAGAAGAAAUAGUUCCAAAAAAAUUUAAUGAUUCCAUUUCAUUAUUUAAUUUUUUUUUUCAGGCUGGGAAUUGGCUCGACAACCUUCCUGCAAAUUUCGAGCAUCACAAUGAAAAUUUAGCUUGGAAUCCAGUGAAUGCUCCUGUUCCCGUACCUGAACCAAGAAGAAGGAAAAGGUUCCGAACUAUCUUCACGCCUUACCAGCUAGCCUGGUUAGAACGAGAAUUUAGAUUAAGACAAUACCUGGACCGAACUAGACGCUCACAAUUGGCUGAACAAUUGAAACUUACCGAACGUCAAAUUAAAGUGUGGUUCCAAAAUAGGAGAACCAAGUUGAAGAAGGAAAAUUUAGAAAAUAUCCAACCUACGCCUGCUGAGCGAAUAAUGGAGACACCCACAAACAUGGCCCAAGAAAAUAGGUCCUAUCCUAUGAUGCAGCAUAACUACAAUAACGACAAUUAUCAGUAUUUUUUACCACAAAAUACUCAGCCAACCCAACCGCCAAGUUGUAUGUAUGCUAAUACAUGGAAUCCAUCAUUUUGGUAGAAAAUAUUGAAGUUUAUAUACAUAUCGUUUCAAUGGGAUAGUGAUUAUAUUCAUUGGAUAGCAUAAAAAAAAUCAGGAAUGGCAUAACAAAAGCUGGGAAAGAUCAAUUGGAAUCCUAUCAAAUAGAUAGUUGAUUCUUUAAUUGUUCAUUCUCUCUUUUCUUAUGGUAAUUCUUGGUUAGAUGUUAUUUUCUGAAUAUAUCACUGGUUGAAUCUCUUGAAAUUAUAUGAUAUUAAUUUCAAUUUUUCAAUGAUUCAUCUCCAUCUAUUAGCAUACCUAUA